UCUUGUAAGUCAGGAUCAAUUAUUGAGAUCACUACUUUAGGCAUCAGAGCUUCAUUUUGUUCCAUAAGGUCUAUAGAGUAUUAAUUCCAUCAUUUUAGGGUAUGUAUUAACAAGAAUUGAAACUUAGCAAUCACAUUGAUGAAUACUGCUGAAAAAGAAAAUUUACCAAGCUCUGAAAUUAUUUGUGGAUCAGGAUCUUUGUUAAUGGGCACAGUCUAUAUCUCAGCAUGAUUAGUCAGAACGCCAGGCGUGCCUUAGGCUCCACAAUUAGUGAGAAAGCUCUCUGGUUGCUUUUUAAAAUAGCUUUCUCAUCAAACAAUAUGGUGAGAAUUUAUAACUUAUUGGUCAAUACUAAUAAUGAACGCUAUGUCAUAAUGUCUUUCUGAAUUAGCAGAUAAAUCGACAGAAAAUAAAAAUUCGCCAAAAACUUACUUGAGCAAGUCAGCAGCUUGUUAUUAAUAUGAGAAUCAUCGCUAUAAUGAAGUGAGUUAUCGAAUGUAAGCCAAUCUUG